CUCCCCCGGAAAGAGAGAGAGACAUAUGGCCAUCUUCAGUCGCAAGCAGGGUGCCACCAAGGCCAAGGCGCCCGCAGAUGCGAACCGGAGCGAUGCCGGUAGCAGCUCCGGCGCGCCCGAGAAGAAGACAUUUGCCCAACGCAAGCCUGCCAACACGGCUUUCAAGCAACAACGGCUCAAGGCAUGGCAGCCCAUUUUGACACCCAAGACAGUUCUUCCCACGUUCUUCCUCGUCGGGAUCGUCUUUGCGCCCAUUGGCGCCGUGCUCUACUACUUUGCCUCCAAGGUCAGCGAAUUGCGAAUCGACUACACUGACUGCCACAACCAUGCCCAGAUGGCAGACAUUCCGCCAGAGAACUACGACUACCAGCUCUCGGGUAAGACGACGCAGACGUGGCAGAACCCACAAUGGGAGUACGUCGCCAACACGGAUUCUCCGACGGGUAUGGCGUGCAAUGUCUACUUCAACAUCCCCGAGCAGCUCGAGAGCACGGUCUUGUUCUACUACCGUCUUACAAACUACUACCAGAACCACCGGCGGUACGUCAAGAGCAUCGACCAGAACCAGCUCAUUGGCGACGUGCGCUCGCCCUCGGACCUGCAGAACAACAACUGCAAGCCACUGGGAAGGGAGGGUGACAAGGGCAUCUAUCCUUGCGGUCUCAUCGCAAACAGCAUGUUCAACGACACAUUCUUCAGCCCUGUUCUGCUUAACCCCGCGGGCAAUGGCCCGGCCAACCAGACGUAUGCCAUGAAGGAGACGGACAUCAUCUGGCCGGGCGAGAAGAAAAAGUACCAGCGGACAAAGCAGGCUGCCAGUGAUCUUGUCCCGCCGCCGUUCUGGAGGGGAAAUUUCUCGAAGAAUGCGCCCUACAGCUUCCCCAACGGCUACAACGAGGACAACAUCUUCGAUCCAUCAAACGACGAGCACUUUAUGGUGUGGAUGCGCGUCGCCGGGCUGCCGACGUUCCGAAAGCUGUACAUGCGCAACGACACAGCGCCAAUGCCCUCUGGCCGGUAUCGGGUCACCAUCUAUGACAACUACCCCGUGGCCAUGUUCAACGGGACAAAGUCCUUCAUCAUCUCAACGGUCACAUGGGUUGGCGGCCGGUCGCUCUUCCUCGGCGCGGCAUACAUUGCCACGGCAGCGCUCUGCGUCCUCCUCGGUCUCAUCUUCACAGCCCGUCACCUGAUCCGGCCGAGGAAGCUGGGCGACUUGAGCCUUCUGAGCUGGAACGAGUAG